AUGAUGUUCAACAUAUCCAAUCAACACGCGGCUAUUGCUGAAAUUGAUGCGAACGCAACUAUGGGUCUCGAACAACAAUCCGACGGUUUUGGAAAACGAAUUGGGACACCAACGGAAACGCUAAGAAUAUUCCCACUUCCACCAUUUCCACUAGUCUGCCCUCCUCCAGUAAUACCUCCAAGUAGUCCACCACCACCACCAGUGACUCCGCCAAGUACAGUACCGGCGACUCCGCUAAGAAGUCCGCCACCAGUUCCGCCUCCACCUCCGCCGGUAACUGAACCAAGAACUCCGCCUACAGCGCCGCCACCACCACCACCGGUCUGUCCUCCACCGCCUCCUGUAAGAACAUAUAUGGUUCAUGUGACUCUAGAAGAAGGUCAUCUUGAUCCGUCAACACUCAAACUGACCAAGUACAUUUCCGAGCACUCCAUCAACCAGCGACGCUGUUGA